AUGAGUCGCGAGGACAUCGAGAAUGAGGCCGUGCGCGUGUUCCAGGGCAUUGGUCUCGCGGAAUCGGUCGCAAAGAAUGCCGCGAAGAACAAGCAGUUCCGCGCGGCCCUGAUGGAGGUCAUCAAGGAGAGCGGCCUUGAGAAUGGAUGCCCGAAGAGCCAGGGCAUGAUGGUCUACACGAUCGCGUCCAAGUUCCCCCCGAGCGUCCUCGUGCACCGCAAGUGGGUCGUCGACAACUACGUCCUCACCGACAAGAUCUGCUCCAACAACCAGCUCGAUGCCGCUAUGGCGUAUCUGAAAAAGGCCGGCGGCGAGGCCAAGAUCGACGUCCCGGCCUUCGAGGAAGCCUCCGGCGUCGGCGUCGUCGUCACGCCCGAGCAGAUCCGCGACGCCGUCGCCGGCGCCCUCCAGGGUGCCAACCUGACGAAGCUCACCACGGAGCGUUACCUGUGCAACACCAACGUGUUUCUGGGGCCGAUCAUGGCCAGCGUGAAGUGGGCGGCGCCGCAGGACGUCAAGGACGAGCUCGCAAAGCAGGUCGCGGCCAUCCUGGGCCCGAAGACCGCCGCGGACGAGGCGGCGAUCGCCGAGGCCAAGGCGGGGGGUAAGAAGGGGAAGAAGAAGGCGGUGGCGGCGGCGGCGGGCGCGCAGGACGCGCCGGGCGCGUCGCCGAAGGCGGCGAAGAAGAAGCCCGAGGAGCCCGUGAGCACCGAGGGCCUCGGCGACGCGGCGACGGGCGACCAGGACCCGUUUGCGUUCCUGCCGCCGCCGGCGGACAACCACUACGUGCACACUACGGUGAACUUCUCCGACGGGCGGCCGCCGCUGCGCGUGGCGAACACGCAGCAGGAGCUCGACGCGCACCUGAGGCGCACGGGCGGCAAGUACGUCACGCGGUUCCCCCCGGAACCCAACGGCUACCUGCACAUCGGCCACGCCAAGGCCAUGUUCAUCGACUUCGGCGCCGCGGCGCGGUACGACGGGCACUGCUUCCUGCGCUUCGACGACACCAACCCCGAGGCCGAGAAGCAGGAGUUCAUCGACCACAUCCAAGACAUCGUGCAGUGGAUGGGCUGGAAGCCGUGGAAGGUGACGCACGCGUCGUACUACUUCCAGCAGCUCUACGAGCUCGCGGUGAAGCUGAUCAAGGUCGGCAAGGCGUUCGUGUGCCACCAGACGGCGGAGCAGGUCAAGGAGUACCGCGAGAAGCGGCUGCCGUCGCCGUACCGCGAGCGCCCCGUGGAGGAGAACCUGCGGCUCUUCGAGGACAUGCGCCGCGGGCUGUUCCCGGAGGGCGGCGCGGUGCUGCGGAUGAAGCAGGACGUGGCCAACGAGAACUACAACAUGUUUGACCUGAUCGCGUAUCGGAUCAAGUACGUGGAGCAUCCGAUCGCGGGCGACGAGUGGUGCAUCUACCCGUCGUACGACUUCACGCACUGCGUGUGCGACGCCAUCGAGGACAUCACGCACUCCCUCUGCACCCUCGAGUUCGAACCGCGCCGCGCGUCCUACUACUGGCUGCUCGACGCCCUGGACAUGUACAAGCCGUGUGUGUGGGAGUAUUCGAGGAUGAAUAUCUCGAACACCGUGCUCUCGAAGCGGAAGCUGCACAAGCUGGUGCAUGACAAGCACGUGCGCGGCUGGGACGACCCGCGCCUGUUCACGCUCGCCGGCCUGCGCCGCCGCGGCGCCACCGCUGACGGCAUCAACGCCUUCUGCCGCGACGUCGGCUUCUCCCGGAACGAGAACACCAUCCACCAGCACCGCCUGGACCACUUCCUGCGCAACGACCUGGACCGCAUCGCCCCGCGCCGCAUGUGCGUCCUCGACCCCGUCAAGCUCGUCCUCGAGAACUCCCGCGAGCCCCUGCCCUGCGAGUGCCGUUGCUUCCCCCCGGGUCGCACGGGCCCGCACGCGCAGGACACCUACGCCCUGUCGCUCGGCCGCGAGGUCUGGAUCGAGCGGAGCGACUUCAAGGAGGCCGACGUCAAGGGCUAUUUCGGGCUGGCGCCCGGCAAGUCCGUCAUGCUGCGCUACGGACACGUGGUCACGUGCACCGGGUUCGACCGCGCUCCGGACGGGAGCGUCGCGGCGAUCCGCGCGGAGGUGCACGCGUCGUGGGAGGGCAAGCCGCCGAAGGGCGUGAUCCACUGGGUGCCGUGCGAGGGCGCGGUGCCGCUCGAGGCGCGGUUGUACGACUCGCUGUUCAAGAGCGAGGACCCGAACGAGUGCGAGGACUGGAUCGCGGACCUGAACCCGGAGUCGGAGGUGGUGAAGGUCGGGUGGGCGCCGGCGAUGCUGGCGGACGCGCAGGUGGGGGACAAAUUCCAGUUUGAGCGGGUGGGGUACUUUUGCAUCGACCCCGACAGCAGCCGGCGGCGCGUCGUUGCGAACCGGACGGUCACGCUCAAGGACUCGUACAAGAAGUAG